ACUGCACCAUGUCCAUAGCGAGCGCUAUAGACUCUGAAAGGAGUCACAAGAAGUUGUUCCACUACAGAAAUGAUUCAGGCGAGCUUGAUGUGUUUGAAGCUGCAAGGUACUUCUCAGGAUACAAUGAAGCUGUUGGCUAUAAUGGCUCUGGUUUUACUCAGAAGAUCAUGAGAGAAGAUAGGCAUGGACACAGAGGCAGAAUCAGCUUAGACAUGCCCAUGAGAAGCUUACUUCCUCAACACUUUCAUGGGUUGGAGAAGCAUGGGAAGGAGAAGAAACACAAGCAGCCUAGCUCUCCAGGUGGUAGGCUUGCCAGCUUCUUGAAUUCUCUCUUCAGUCAAUCUGCAUCAAAGAAGAAGAAAUCGAAAUCAAGCAAGCAAUCUAUGAAGGAUGAGGAUGAGAGUCCAGGUGGGAGGAUGAGGAGGAGCAGCAUUAGCCAUUUCAGAAGCUCCAGUACUGCAGAUUCAAAGUCCCUAUAUUCUUCAUUCAGUUCAGGGUUUAGAACACCUCCUUAUGUUCAAACCCCAACAAAAAGCUGUAAGGAAUUCCGAACCUUCUUAGACCAGAAGCAGCAACCAGUGCCAGUGUCAAAAUAC